GGCGGCGAGCGCGGCCCAUGGCGGCCGGGAGGCGCCCUCGGGGACCCGCGGGCCGUUAGGGCGCGACGCCGGGAGGCAUGUCGGAGCACGCGGCGCCGGGGGCCCCAGGGCCCGGGCUCAACGGCGGCGGCGGCCCCGGCCCUGCGCGCGGGCCUCGCACCCCCAACCUCAACCCCAACCCGCUCAUCAACGUGCGCGACCGGCUCUUCCACGCGCUCUUCUUCAAGAUGGCCGUCACCUACUCGCGGCUCUUCCCGCCCUCCUUCCGCCGCCUCUUCGAGUUCUUCGUGCUGCUCAAGGCCCUGUUCGUGCUCUUCGUGCUGGCCUACAUCCACGUCGCUUUCUCCCGCUCGCCCAUCAACUGCCUGGAGCACGUGCGGGAGCAGUGGCCGCGCGAGGGCGUGCUGCGUGUCGAGGUCCAGCACAACUCGAGCCGCGCGCCCGUCUUCAUGCAGUUCUGCGACGGCGGCCGCGGCCCCUUCCCAAGCCUGGCCAUGGAGCCGGCCGGCAGCCCGGAGCUGGACGAGGACGAGGAGGAGGAGCUGACCAUGGAGAUGUUCGCCAACAGCUCGGUCAAGUUUGAGCUGGACAUCGAGCCCAAGGUGCUGAAGCCGGCGGGCGGUGUGGGCGGCCUGAACGACAGCCAGGAGUUCCCCUUCCCCCAGACACUCGCCAAAGCGCGGCCACCGGACGAGUACGUCGUGGAGUACUCCCUCGAGUACGGCUUCCUGCGCCUGUCCCAGGCCACGCGGCAGCGCCUCAGCAUCCCCGUCAUGGUCGUCACGCUGGACCCCACGCGGGACCAGUGCUUUGGGGACCGCUUCAGCCGCCUGCUGCUGGACGAGUUCCUGGGCUACGACGACAUCCUCAUGUCCAGCGUGAAGGGCCUGGCCGAGAACGAGGAGAACAAGGGCUUCCUGCGCAACGUGGUGUCGGGCGAGCACUACCGCUUCGUCAGCAUGUGGAUGGCGCGCACCUCCUACCUGGCCGCCUUCGUCAUCAUGGUCAUCUUCAUCUUCGUCUUCAUCGUGGACCUGCUGCAGAUGCUGGAGAUGAACGUGGCCAUCGCCUUCCCCGCCGCGCCCCUGCUCACCGUCAUCCUGGCCCUCGUCGGCAUGGAGGCCAUCAUGUCCGAGUUCUUCAAUGACACCACCACGGCCUUCUACAUCAUCCUGGUCGUGUGGCUGGCGGAUCAGUACGAUGCCAUCUGCUGCCACACCAGCACCAGCAAGCGGCACUGGCUGCGGUUCUUCUACCUGUACCACUUCUCCUUCUACGCCUACCACUACCGCUUCAAUGGGCAGUACAGCAGCCUCGCCCUUGUCACCUCCUGGCUCUUCAUCCAGCACUCCAUGAUCUACUUCUUCCACCACUACGAGCUGCCGGCCAUCCUGCAGCAGCUGCGGGUGCAGGAGGUGCUGCUGCAGGCCCCCCCGGGCCCUGGCACCCCCGCCGCACUGCAGGACAACCUCAACAACAACACUGGCUCGCCCACCACCCCCGACCCCGCCGGGCCGCCCCCCACCCUGGGCCCCGGCUCGCCCAGCAUUGUGGGGGACCCUGAGGCCCCGGCGCCCAGCUCCCUGGUGGCGGCAGCUGGCGGGGGCCUGGGCUGGGUGGCGGAGACGGCCGCCCUCAUCACGGACGCCUCGUUCCUGUCGGGCCUGAGUGCCUCCCUCCUGGAGCGGCGGGCGCCUGGCCCCCCAAGCCCCAGCGGGCUCCCCCAGGACAGUGCCCCCCAGAGUGACACCCCAGCACCUGGGAUGGGCCCCCCGGCCGCCACAGAGAGCGGCCCUGGCCCCGCCUGCACGGCCCCCAGGGGGGCACCCUCGGAGGUGGGGUCCUGAGUCACUGGCCAGGCCUGACUGCGCAGACCCCACCGCGUGGGGGCCCCCUGGGUGCCAGGCCCAGCUCUGCCCCGAGUCGGCUCAGGGUUUCUCCGACUGGUGGAGGGGGCGUCCCCCCCGCAGGGGCCCAGGUGGGGUUUGCCCGCCGGGCGCGUGUGCAGAGCGUUGCCUCCCAGCUGGCACAGUGAGGCCGACCGGUGACCAGGGGACAGGAGGGGGCAGGGUGCCUUGGAAGGUUCUGGAGACAGCGAGCAGUCCCCAGGGGCAGAGCAGGGUGGAGUUGGGGAGCUGGGCAGGGCCGGCCGCCCCCAGUGUGGUGCUCCUGUCGUGCCUUCUCCGCGCGCCGCCUGGCUGCAGGGGCCCGUGGCCAGGAGGCGCCGAUGUUCGCCGAGGCGGCCGGGCCGGGGCGAGGGCUGCCAGCCCCGCUGUCAGUGAGGAAUGCGGAGCGCGCGUUUGUUCCACUCUAUUUAAUUGCAGUGUACAGAAUCGUGUUUGUAUAUAGAAUAAACCAGUCUGUCGACCGCGG